GUAAUCGCGCGUAUAAUUCUAAUGAUAUUGUAGAAUGACGGCUUAUCUAAUCUUCCUGUCUGUGUGUGAAAAAUGAAUAGAAUAGGAUGACUAUUGUGAUUUUUUAUAUAUAUUAAUUUUUUUUAACCGAUAAAUGUUAUCGGUAUUUGCAAUGGUCUGAAGCAGCAGACCGUGAAUAAAAAGGAAACUUAUUGGUUAUGUUGACAUUCGACAUGGCAACCGGCGAUGAUCGACGUGUCGCUUUAAUUACUGGCAUUACAGGACAAGAUGGCUCUUAUUUGGCAGAAAAUUUACUGGAGAAGGGAUACGAUGUGCAUGGUAUUAUCAGGCGAGCUAGUUCAUUUAAUACUGCUCGCAUUCAGCAUCUCUAUGCUGACCCAAAAUGCCAUCGUCAAGGUAAAAUGAAGUUGCAUUAUGGCGAUAUGACUGAUUCCAGUAGUUUAAUUAAAAUCAUUAGUGCGGUACAGCCAACAGAAAUUUAUAAUCUUGCAGCACAAAGUCAUGUUAUGGUGAGUUUCGAAGUGAGUGAAUAUACUGCAGAAGUAGAUGCAGUAGGAACUGUACGAUUAUUAGAUGCAAUACGUACAUGUGGUUUAGAGAAAUCUGUAAAAUUUUAUCAUGCAUCAACUUCUGAACUGUAUGGUAAAGCGGUGGAAGUUCCACAAAAUGAGAAAACACCAUUUUAUCCACGUUCUCCAUAUGCUUGUGCAAAGUUAUACAGUUUUUGGAUUGUUGUAAAUUAUAGAGAAGCCUAUAACAUGUUUGCAUGUAAUGGCAUAUUAUUCAAUCAUGAAAGCCCACGAAGAGGUGAAACCUUUGUCACAAGAAAAGUGACCAGAUCGAUAGCAAAAAUACAUUUAGGUCUACAAGAUGUGCUUGAAUUAGGAAACUUAGACGCAAAGCGAGAUUGGGGCCAUGCCAAGGAUUAUGUAGAAGCAAUGUGGUUAAUGCUUCAACAAACAGAACCAGAUGACUAUGUCAUAGCAACGGGAGAAACGCAUAGUGUAAGAGAAUUUGUAGAAAUAGCAUUCCAAUACGUAGGUCGUAUAAUUAAGUGGGAAGGCGAAGGCAUAAAUGAGACGGGGCAAGAUGCAAAAACCGGUCAAGUAUUAGUUCGUAUAAAUCCAAAAUAUUUCCGUCCAACUGAAGUGGACAUACUUUUGGGUGAUGCAUCAAAAGCAAGAAACAAAUUCGGAUGGAAAUCAACAAUCACAUUUGAGGAACUUGUAAAAGAUAUGAUGGAUUCUGAUUUGGAAUUAAUGUCAAAAAACCCAAAUGCUUAAUAAUCUUUUAUUUAAAUUGUGAUAUGGAAAAAUGCAUUUUUUCAA